AUGUUUUUAUCAGUGAGCGGUUCAGGAUUUCAUAUGAAUUAUCGUUAAGAAGUUAGACUCCCAAAAUUGCAAGGUCAUAAAGUACAGGCUUACAGCAUGCCUAAGCAUAGAUAAUUAAACAGUCCUGAAGAGAAACCGAUAUCUCCUGAUAGGUUUCUUAAGUACCUGAACAAUAAAGUUCAAUCUCAAGCAGGAGUUUAUAGAAACCCUGCAGCUGUUCAAUCUUCUAUGAUUUUGAUUGCAAAACAAAUGAAGUUCUCUUCUGAUCAACAUACUCAUAGACAGAAAGAGAAAUCAAUAAAAAUAAUAGAGUAAUCAAAUGAAUAUAAAUACAAUUUGGGAUUAGGAAACAAUCAUGAAUUAGUAUAAAGGAUUAUGGAUACAAGAGUAGAUUGGUAAUAAACUAAGGAUAAUUCAUCAAUGUUUGUUAAUUUUAGAUGGCAAUAAUGGCAUAGAGGUUACAAAUAUGAUAGAUUGAUAUUGAAUAAUUAAUACAAAUAAAUGGUUAAUCAUUUUGAAAAUCAUCCAGAAUUAAGUAAUAAAUAAUAUUUGUUUAGAAAUCUCUGUUCUUAUUGUGAAGUAUUAUUUUAUUAUUAAAAAAUUUCUUAGCAAAACAAAUAAAAUGUAUAUGAUUCAGUUCCAAUAACAUUUGUAUUAGAUUUUAAAGAUGACUCUGUUGAUUAAUAAUUUACUUAAUUUGUUAAAUUCUUUGAUAAAUAUGCUCCUAAGAAAAUUGAUCAAAUGGCUAAAAAAUUAGUAGAAUACAAAAAGAAAUUAAAAGUAAUAAUAUAUAAUAAUUCAGAUUCCAGUUUAACCAAUGAAUGAUAAGAAAAUAUAACCUAUACCUAAUAAAAUACCAAAAACUUAAAAUGGUAAUCAAUAUUUAUGGUUAUUAAAACCUACAUUUUUGAAUAGAGGAUAAGGAAUACAUGUUGUUAAUGAUUUAGAUACUAUUAUAUCACUAAUAUGUGAAUAUUAGGAAGGACAUUAAACUAUAGAAGAUGAUGAUGUAAAGAAUAAUAAAAAGAAUAAUAAUAUUAAAGCUAAUUCUUUUGUGAUAUAGAAAUAUAUAGAAUAACCAUUUCUUAUUAAUUAAAGGAAAUUUGAUAUAAGAGUCUGGGUAUUAGUUACACAGGAUCUUCAUUGUUAUUUUUUUAAAGAAGGUUACAUACGUACAUCUUGUGAAAAUUAUACUACUGAUGAUGUAAGUAAUUAAUUUAUACAUUUAACCAAUAAUGCCAUUUAAAAAUACUCAGAUAAAUAUGGAGAAUUUGAAGAUGGAAAUCAAUUAUCAUUUGAUGAUUUUUAAAAUUAUUUAAAUCAAUAAGGAUUCAAUAUUGAUUUUUAAUAAAAUAAUGUUACAAAAAUGAAAUAGCUAGUAUGGAUGUCAAUGCAAUCUGUAAAGAGAAAAUUGAAUCUUCAUUAAAGAAAAUAUUGUAUGGAAAUUUUUGGAUAUGAUUUUAUAAUUGAUCAAGACUUUAAGACUUGGUUAAUAGAAAUUAAUACAAAUCCUUGCAUUGAAGAAUCAAGUGGAAUUUUAAAAAUGUUACUACCAAGAAUGUUGGGUAAUUAUUAUAUUUGAUUUAUGUAUAGAUGAUGCUUUCAAAUUAACAAUUGAUGUUAUAUUUCCACCUAAAUAGAAAUUAGAGAUAAAUGAAUCAGUAUUUCCAGUUAAUAAAUAUUCUAAUACUGAAUCUUUAUGGUAUUUAAUAUAUAUAUAUUUAAUAAAGGGAAUCAAUUGGUAAUCUUGAAUCACCUAAACCUGCUGCUAAAUAGACUUCUAUUGUUUUACCAAAUUAGUUAUCUUCACAAAUUUAGUAAUUUUAGACAAUAAUACCAAUAUACUAAGGAGAUCUAUGA